CUGAAGCAGCGAAUUGGGGGUUUUACAUUUUCGUAGAACCACCUCAUCUACAGAGGAAACAGAGACGCAAUGGCUUUAGCUUCAUCACUACAGACUUCCAUGGCACUUCGGUGUCUACCAGCUUCUCACGGUGAACGCCUCUUCGUGAACCUCCCUCAACGCUCUGUACUCGCCUUCUCUCGCCGAACCAAGAAUUCUGCAGUCACGUCUUCCUCUUUUUCUCCUAAGAAAAAGAAGGUUGGAUUUCGAAAACGACAGGAAAGUUUUCCGGCUGAAGAGAAUGAGGAAGACGUAGACGAGGAUGCUUUCGAGGCGCUCUUUGGCAUGCUGGAAGAAGACCUUAAAAAAGACGGCGUAACGGCGGAUGACGAUGAGGAUAUUAGUGAAGAGGACCUUGAAAAACUUCAACGCGAGUUAGAGGAGGCAUUUGAUGAUGUUGAUGAUGUGGGGAUACUCAAUUCUGCUUCUGGUGAUAUGGAUCGAGAAGAGAACACCGAAGAGGAUGCUGACAUUGACGAAGAGGAAGAGGAACCCGUGAAGGUUAAGAAUUGGCAGCUUCGUAGACUGGCGCGAGCCUUAAAGACCGGCCGCCGCAAAACCAGUAUCAAAAGUCUUGCUGCGGAACUUUGUCUUGAUAGAGCUGUUGUUCUAGAAUUACUUCGAGAACCCCCUCCAAAUCUUGUUAUGAUGAGCGCUGUUUUACCUGAUCAUGAACCUGCGCCAAGGGUAUUAGAGCCUGAAACCAAAACAGUUUUAACUGUUCCUGAGGAGAGGGACGCGAAUAAUGUCAAAUCUGAGACAGAGGAAAAAUUGCCAGUUCAUGCUAGGCAACAAAAAUGGUUUGCUCAGAAAAGGCUGAAGAAAGUACAAGUUGAAACCCUGGAAAGGGUUUACAGAAGAACAAAACGACCCACUAAUGCAAUGAUUAAUAGCAUUGUGCAAGUUGUUAAUCUACCCCGCAAAAAAGUUGUGAAAUGGUUUGAAGAUAAGCGCACAGAAGAAGGGGUUCCAGACCGUCGUCUUCCCUAUCAACGAAACACGAGUUGUGCUUGAAUUCUGCGUGAUAGUUCUCUCUGAAAGUAGAUGAAUUGAGUAAAAUGCAACCCCGUAUCCUCCAUCACGUCUAUCUCUCUCUGGCACACACAACAUUUACAAAGGACUGGGAGCCCGGGAAACUGCGACUAAGGUGAGUACAGAAAUUAGUAAUUAGUAGUAAAGCUUGCUCUGAAAUGGUAGAAGCUUUAGCAUUGUUCAAUUUCUCUUUGACCUGAACUUCAAAAUCUAAUGUGGACUUACUUCUAUUGUGUCACAUCUAUGAGUUGUGACAAAUUCCAGAAUCUGUUCUGUCUUUACUAUUUUGAUUAUAACAUCUAGUUUGUUGACUUAUAUCUUGACCCUGACUGGCUCCUGAUACAUGAAAACAACUUGAUGCUUGAAUAGACGAUAUUCCAAGCAUAUAAGUAGAAAGAAUAUUUCUGGAGUCAAACGAAUGGCAACAAAUAAAACCUUGAUGAAUAAGCAUAUUUUCGAAAAAGCGUGCAAUGCAUGACAAGAGAGCUUAUUCUGCAUAGAGAUGCCAUCUUCUGGCCUAUUUCUAUGGUUCUUCUCUUUGUGCUCUGUUGGUCUGCUAUAUAUGCCUGAAACUGCAGAAACUUUCAACUCAGAAUUGCAACAAGCAUCAGACGAUAGCAGAAGAAAUACAGA